CUUCCUCGGAAGUGGUGAAUCUGUGCCUGGGUCUCGCGCGGUGGUGGCCGCAGCGCCCGCUGGCACAGCUCGCGAGCAGAGUCGGGCCGGGCUGCCGCCAUGGCCGGGAGUGAGGACCCGUUUGAUGCCAUCGUGAUGGCGGAUGACAGGUUUCGCGGGGAAGGGUACCAGGAAGGCUACGAAGAGGGCAGCAGUUUGGGCAUCAUCGAAGGAAGGCGGCACGGCACGCUGUAUGGAGCGAAAGUCGGGUCUGAGGUCGGGUGCUACCAGGGCUUCGCUCUCGCCUGGAGAUGCCUCCUGCACAGCUGUGCGGCGGCGGAGAAAGACAGCAGGAAGAUGAAGGUCUUGGAGUCACUGAUAGGGAUGAUCGAGAAGUUCCCUUAUGAUGACCCCACUUACGCCAGACUUCACGAAGACUUGGACAGGAUCAGAGGGAAGUUUAAGCAGCUGUGCUCGCUGCUGAAUGUCCAGCCAGACUUCAGGGUCAGUGCAGAGCGCUCCGGCCUUUCCUUCUGAGGGUGACCAGUGGACAGAGAGGAAACGCGCAGGAGCGGAUGUCCGUGUGGGGGGCGUCUAAAACCGCGAUUAAAGGAAAACCGUGA